AAAAACAAAAAUAAUAGAAUUGAGAUAUGGUCCAUCAUGUUCACAGAGACGACGAACCCGCAUAGUUGAUUAGUUUACAGAAGAAACUCAUAAACCAUAAUUCUCUCGCUCGAAUCGAACCGUUCCAGGAGGGAUUUUCGAUUUUGGAUUGACUCUGAUCUGUGAAAAUGGGGGCAAAUGAUAUCGACAUGGAAGAAGGGACUCUGGAGAUCGGCAUGGAGUACAGAACUGUUUCUGGUGUUGCUGGACCAUUGGUCAUUCUUGACAAAGUGAAGGGUCCAAAGUACCAGGAAAUUGUUAAUAUUCGCUUAGGAGAUGGAUCAACGAGACGUGGUCAGGUUCUGGAAGUCGACGGGGAGAAAGCAGUUGUGCAGGUUUUUGAAGGAACAUCUGGAAUUGACAACAAGUUUACAACCGUGCAAUUCACAGGAGAGGUUUUGAAGACACCUGUAUCAUUGGAUAUGCUUGGGCGCAUUUUUAACGGUUCAGGAAAGCCUAUUGAUAAUGGCCCUCCUAUUUUGCCAGAGGCAUACCUUGAUAUUUCAGGAAGUUCAAUUAACCCCAGUGAAAGAACCUAUCCCGAAGAGAUGAUACAAACAGGGAUUUCGACCAUUGAUGUCAUGAAUUCCAUUGCUCGUGGACAGAAGAUUCCGCUUUUCUCUGCUGCUGGUCUUCCUCAUAAUGAAAUAGCUGCUCAGAUUUGUCGUCAGGCUGGUCUUGUCAAGCGUUUGGAAAAGACUGUUGAUCUACUUGAGGAUCAUGGAGAGGACAAUUUUGCGAUUGUGUUUGCAGCUAUGGGUGUGAACAUGGAGACAGCUCAGUUCUUUAAGCGAGAUUUCGAAGAAAAUGGAUCAAUGGAGAGAGUUACCCUUUUCCUGAACUUGGCCAAUGACCCGACUAUUGAGAGAAUCAUCACUCCUCGAAUUGCCCUCACAACAGCAGAAUAUCUGGCUUAUGAAUGUGGGAAACACGUUCUUGUUAUAUUGACGGAUAUGAGUUCUUAUGCUGAUGCUCUUCGUGAGGUUUCCGCUGCUCGAGAAGAAGUUCCCGGAAGACGUGGAUAUCCUGGUUAUAUGUACACUGAUCUUGCAACUAUUUAUGAACGUGCUGGGCGUAUUGAGGGAAGAAAAGGUUCCAUCACCCAAAUCCCAAUCCUGACUAUGCCCAAUGACGAUAUCACGCAUCCUACUCCGGAUCUUACUGGUUACAUUACUGAAGGUCAGAUAUAUAUCGAUAGGCAACUUCACAACAGACAGAUAUAUCCACCCAUCAACGUGCUUCCAUCUCUUUCUCGUUUGAUGAAGAGUGCUAUUGGUGAGGGCAUGACUCGCAAAGACCAUUCUGAUGUGUCGAACCAGCUGUAUGCAAAUUAUGCAAUCGGAAAAGAUGUUCAAGCCAUGAAAGCUGUUGUUGGAGAAGAAGCACUUUCUUCAGAGGAUCUGCUAUAUUUAGAGUUCCUGGAUAAGUUUGAGAGGAAGUUUGUGAUGCAAGGAGCUUAUGACACACGAAACAUCUUCCAAUCACUGGACUUAGCUUGGACAUUGCUCCGUAUCUUCCCGCGUGAGCUUCUUCACCGUAUCCCUGCAAAGACUCUUGACCAAUUCUACAGCCGCGACUCAACAACGAGUUAAAAUCCGAAUUCCUCUUGUUUUGUUUCGUUCUCUUCAGACAAGGUAAUGGAGUUAUCAUAUCGAAAUUCUUUGAGGGAAAAAAAAACUGUGAAUUUUGUGAUGUAUUGUUUUGUGUUUAUAUAGAGAGGGAAAAAAGGCUAUAUAUGCCUCCAAUCUGGUUUUAUCUCUUUUUUUGUUUGUUCUGUUAUUCAAAGUGGAAAUAAUCAUCGAUAAACGAUGUCGUGUUACCUGCACUUUUAUGUAAGAUUAUCUCACAAUCUAUUGUGAUUUUUUCAGAAAUAA